AUCCUCCCAAAUGGGGAUCACGUUCAGAGCCGGGCUGAUGCAACGGUUUCCACUUUUUAAAAUCUACUCUCGACCCACGUCCGAGCAGAAGAAAGGACAUUUGUUCCACCUGGGCUCCAAGUCAGCUGUGGUCCCGGCCAAGUGUGACACGAUGCCAGGACAAAUUCCGGAUCCCUCUGUGACAGCAGGAUCCCUGCCCAGUCUCGGCCCUCUGGCUGGCAUCUCUACCACCACGCUUACUGACGCCCUCAGGUUUGGUGACCUGCAGGAGUUUGAGACCAUGUUGUCCCCUCUGCACUUCCUGGGAAGCCUCAGGCCUCUUGGCAUCAAAACAGAGAGAGAUGAUGAAGAGGGCGAAAGAAGGAAACGAAGGCGAGAGAAGAACAAAGUGGCUGCAGCACGGUGUCGAAACAAAAAGAAAGAAAGGACGGAUUAUCUCCAAAAGGAGUCGGAAAGAUUAGAGAUGUUAAAUUCAGACCUGAAAAAUCAGAUUGAGGAGCUGAAAAUAGAACGGCAGCAGCUGAUCCACAUGCUCAACCGCCAUCGUCCAACCUGCAUCGUCAGGACAGACAGCAUCCAGACGCCUGAGAGCGAGGAAAACCCCUUGUUGGAGCAGCUGGAAUCCGAGUGAUGGCGCUCUGAUAUCUACCAACAACGUGAAGUCAACAAGAAGGACAACUUUAAAUGGAGAUCCAUUUAAACAGUGAGGAAGUUAAGACAUGUGAUGCUGCUGUUACACUUCAGACUUUACUCGGCUUUUUACUAUUGCAGCGCUUGCCUCUUACUCUGAUGUCACACUAUACCCACAAUUUUGGUAAAGUAACCCCAACACGAGCCCUUAGCACAAAUUUGCUUCAACAGAUUUCCAGUAGUUUUGGUUCAGAAAGGUAUUGUAAGAGUUAAAGUUAAAGUUAAAGUACCAAUGAUUGUCACACACACACUCGGUGUGGUGAAAUUUGUCCUCUGCAUUUGACUUAUCCCCUUGUUCACCCCCUGGGAGGUGAGGAGAGCAGUCGGCAGCAGCGGUGGUUGCUAAAAAAGUUGCUAUCACCGAGCUGAAAUACCACUAUAAAGCAUAAAAAGUGACCAUAAUAACGUUGCAGCUGAUAGCUGAUACAGUACAAGUCUGCCCUCUAGUGGUUGCGAGCAGCAACUCUUUGACUUUCUUGCAAAGUCUUAAUAGUUCAGAACUCGAAUGAGUAUUAAUCACCAUGAAGUAUGGUAAUUUUCUAAUGUUGCAAAUAUUGGGACUAUUAAGAGUGAGUAUUUUGUUAGGAAAAAUUCUUAUGCUGUUCUUUUUUUAUAUGUGUCAUCAUUUCUACUCAUGGCGCAGGCGUCAUUUAACAUGCUUACAUAUCAAAUAUACAUAUGUGGACAGUUUACAUUGUACUGUACCUUAUUUAGAGAAUGAUUAUGUUUUGUACUACCAACAAGUUUUAUAAUGAAAAAAAAAACUUUUGUAUCAUGCUAUGUUAGCGAUCAUAAAAGGCUAUUUGUAUACCUUUUUAAAGACAUGUUUACUUUGUACUGAACUUGAAAGCGUGGAUGUGUGCAUUUUGGUAAACACCGUCGUCUAGUGGCGACGAGGAGGACGACAGCAAAUCAAGGGCCCUUUAAUUAAAAUUUAAUUUUUCUUUAGAAUAUAAUUUUUUUUAACAAUUUAUUAAGUAAUAAAAUAAAAAUAUAUUAAAAAAAUAAUAAUAAUUUGAUAAGUUUUUGUGUAUAUAUAUACAUAUAUACAGAGCUAAAAUCGAUAAAAAUGCAAACGCAGAUAUGCAAGUCAGCCAAAUGUUUAAAGACCAAAUCUGUUUUGUGUUACAUGUAACAAAGCAAAUUGUAUUAUUAGUAUUUAACAUUCCAACCUUUUCCCAACAUUUGAUAUUAAUUAUAUUUCUGUACUUUUUAUAAUGUUCGGCUUUUUGUGGCCCUAAACUAUUUGUUUGUGGGCAAUGUUUUUGGUCUUAGAUCUCACAAAGGUUUGAUUUCAUAAUUGAUAUCAACUAUAGCUCCAAAUGUCACUAGUUUUUGAAAAUAUAAACAAUGCACAUGUCAAUUGAUUUGAUUGUGGUCAAAUCCUUUUCGAUCUUGUGUCUUCCAUCUGACCAUGUGCCCUAAAUAAUACAAGUGUUAUAUGCCAGUACACCCCUCUUUUGAUUCAUUCUAGUGUUUGAUAAGGAAGUGACUAAUUGUGUUCACUGGUGUAUAAGAACAUUCAUUUGAAAUACAUUCACCCCAAAUUUUAGGAGUGCACCAAGAAUGUCUCCUCUCUGUUGAAAAAUGUGGAAUAGAACAGAAUAGAAAAGAGGAAUGCAAU